UGGUGUCUGGCGGUCGCCAUACUUGAUUACUUGGGUGAGAGGGUUGCCUGUUUACAUAGCUAAAGAGCUGCGCACAUGGAAACGAGAUGGCGGUUGCACUUCUUCUCGCCGCCUUGUUAGGACCGACAAUGGUAUACGCGGCUGCGUUUUCGUUACCUGAAGCUACACAAUAUACUCCAACGAUGGAUGGAUGGAGCCCAGCGCCUACGGCAGCUCCACAGCUACCGUUCGAUCUUUCCAGACGGCAAGAUAUUGGAGCUAAUACUUGUGGAUUUGUCUCUGGCUCCGGCCUCUCAGUCAGCGCAAUAAUAUGCCCCAACCUCACAGAUGUAUGCUCCUCAAACAACUACUUCGGCGCACUCGGCUGCUGCCCUUCGUCUCGAACAACAGACUGCAUGAUAGCCACAUCCUGCGUCCCCUCCACCGCCUUAUCAGCUUCCUGCACAGAUACUACCUGCUCUCCCAACGCGGCAAUCCUGAAAUGCACAGAAAGCUCCGCACCAGCCUGCUAUGAAUGGCGCGUCAUCUACGACAGAAUAGUCUUCACGCAACACGGCUGCGCAGCCAGCGCCUUCACCGGUACCGCAUACCACAGCCUGGACAUGAGUCUCUCAAGCAACACCCCAGAAAAAGAAACAGUCUAUGCUACUGUCACGAAGGAACCAGUCAGCACACCCACAUCCGCACCACCUCCCUCUUCAUCCAACACCUCAAAAUCCAGUCUAGGCGCUAUAGUAGGCGGUACCAUCGGCGCAUGUCUCUUCCUCUCUUUCUUCGGCUUCGUCAUCUUCCUCACUUGGCGGCGGCGGCGGGCUCAAGCACGCAAUACCGCUCACUCCACAGGUUCUUUCCAUCAAAGAGAUUCCAGGGGUAUGGUCGAGUAUAAUGCCAUGGGCUUUCCUUCCCCGGGGUUCAUGUCCCAGGGCUUGUCUUCGCCGGAGAGCCCGAGUGGUGAGGUUGAUAAGGUGUGGCAGCAGAGGGGAUCUGGAGGGGAGUGGCCGGGGAUGGAGAGGCAGAUUGAGAUUGUGGAGGUGGAUGGGACGAGUAGGCCGGUGGAAGUGCCUGCAGGUGAAAGAUGAGGGGGUUUGAUACCGUUUCUCUUACAUCCUUUUGUACUUUUUGUUCAAUCCACGACUUCGGUCUUGGUAGAUGUGUUUUUCUGUUCUUGUUUGUAUGUUCUGUACGGUGUUUAUGGGGAUGAUACCCACUCUUCAAGGUAGUUUACAGGGAGGAAGAGCGGACUGCUCGGGAUGG